AGAGCGGUUUGUAUGAGUCGGUCUCUCUAUUACACACAUUUAUACACACACUCCACGUUUGCGCCUGCGAAACCCUUCACCAACGAAUCAAUGGCGAAACUCUCGAAGGAUUCAUCGGACGAAGCUUUAUCGAACGGCUCAAUUUCUUCGGAAGAAGAACAAAUCAACGAUCAGAUCAACGAGGAGGAGGAGGACGACGAGGAAGAGCUGGAGGCUGUAGCCAGAACGGCUGAUACCGAUGAGGACGCCGGAGACAAGUCAUCGUCGGACAACGAUGUCACCGCUGGUGAUGAGCAGGAUGAAGAAGAAGAAGAAAGCGAAGAGUAUGAGAAUGUUGGAGGUAAUAGUGAAAUUGGCAAGCGUGAAAAUGCCAGACUAAAAGAAAUGCAAAGGUUUAAGAAACGAAAGAUUCAAGAAAUACUGGACACACAGAAUGCUGCCAUUGAUGCUGAUAUGAACAAUAGGGGAAAGGGCCGCUUCAAGUAUCUCUUGGAGCAAACGGAGAUAUUUGCUCAUUUUGCCAAGGGUGAUCAGUCUACAUAUCAGAAGAAGUCGGGAAAGGGUCGGCAUGCAUCAAAGGUAACUGAAGAGGAAGAAGAUGAAGAAUGUCUCAAAGAUGAAGAAGAUGGUCUUUCUGGGACUGGAAACACACGGCUGCUGGCACAACCCUCUUGUAUUCAGGGAAAGAUGAGGGAUUACCAGCUUGCUGGACUAAACUGGCUCAUUCGCCUGUAUGAGAAUGGUAUAAAUGGAAUCCUUGCAGAUGAAAUGGGACUUGGUAAAACAUUGCAAACCAUCUCAUUAUUGGGUUAUCUGAACGAAUUCAGAGGAAUAACUGGUCCUCACAUGGUUGUUGCUCCAAAAUCUACACUCGGCAACUGGAUGAAUGAAAUUCGUCGUUUUUGUCCAGUUUUGCGUGCUGUGAAGUUUCUUGGAAAUCCUGAUGAAAGGAAGUAUAUACGUGAGGAAUUACUGGUUGCUGGGAAGUUUGAUGUAUGUGUCACUAGUUUUGAAAUGGCCAUUAAAGAGAAAACUGCCUUACGUCGCUUUAGCUGGCGUUACAUUAUCAUUGAUGAAGCUCAUCGAAUCAAGAAUGAAAAUUCACUUCUUUCAAAAACAAUGAGGCUCUACAAUACUAAUUACCGCCUUCUUAUCACAGGAACACCUCUUCAGAACAAUCUUCAUGAACUCUGGUCUCUUCUGAACUUUCUACUGCCUGAGAUAUUUAGCUCAGCUGAAACUUUUGAUGAAUGGUUUCAAAUUUCUGGUGAAAAUGACCAGCACGAAGUUGUUCAACAACUUCACAAGGUCCUCCGACCAUUCCUCCUCCGAAGGUUGAAGUCGGAUGUCGAGAAAGGUUUGCCUCCCAAGAAGGAAACAAUACUCAAAGUUGGUAUGUCCCAAAUGCAAAAGCAGUACUAUAGGGCUCUACUGCAGAAAGAUCUUGAGGUUGUGAAUGCUGGUGGAGAGCGGAAGCGUCUCCUGAAUGUAGCAAUGCAGCUGCGCAAAUGUUGCAAUCACCCAUAUCUUUUCCAAGGUGCUGAACCUGGCCCUCCUUAUACUACAGGAGAUCAUCUUGUUACAAAUGCUGGUAAAAUGGUUCUUUUGGAUAAAUUGCUCCCAAAGCUAAAGGAGCGUGAUUCAAGGGUCCUAAUAUUUUCACAGAUGACAAGGCUGCUGGACAUUCUGGAAGAUUAUUUGAUCUUCCGUGGAUACAAGUAUUGUCGGAUUGAUGGGAAUACUGGUGGAGAAGAUCGUGAUGCUUCCAUUGAAGGUUUUAAUAAACCUGGAAGUGAGAAAUUUGUCUUCUUACUAUCAACUAGAGCAGGAGGCCUUGGUAUCAAUCUUGCUACCGCAGAUGUUGUCAUUCUUUACGACAGUGAUUGGAACCCACAAGUUGAUUUGCAGGCUCAGGACCGUGCCCAUAGGAUUGGACAAAAGAAAGAAGUUCAAGUGUUCCGUUUCUGUACUGAGUAUACUAUUGAGGAGAAAGUGAUCGAGAGGGCUUACAAAAAGCUUGCACUUGAUGCUUUGGUGAUACAACAAGGACGGUUAGCAGAGCAAAAGACUGUUAAUAAGGAUGAGCUACUGCAAAUGGUGAGGUUUGGUGCUGAAAUGGUUUUUAGUUCCAAGGAUAGCACAAUUACAGAUGAGGAUAUAGAUAGGAUCAUUGCCAAGGGAGAGGAGACAACAGCUGAGCUUGAUGCAAAGAUGAAGAAAUUUACUGAAGAUGCCAUAAAAUUUAAAAUGGAUGAUACUGCUGAUUUAUAUGAUUUUGAUGAUGAAAAGGAUGAAAAGUUAGAUUUCAAGAAAAUUGUCAGUGACAAUUGGAUUGAACCACCAAAAAGAGAGAGGAAACGCAAUUACUCGGAAUCUGAAUACUUUAAGCAAACAAUGCGCCAAGGUGGUCCGACAAAACCAAGAGAGCCUCGAAUCCCUCGCAUGCCACAGUUGCAUGACUUCCAGUUUUUUAAUACACAGAGGUUAAACGAGCUGUACGAAAAAGAAGUACGCUAUCUCAUGCAAACACAUCAAAAGAAUCAGUUAAAAGAUACGAUAGAUGUGGAUGAAUCUGAAGAAUUGGGAGACCCUUUGACUGCUGAAGAACAGGAAGAAAAGGAGCUUCUUUUAGAAGAGGGAUUUUCAACUUGGAGUAGAAGAGAUUUCAAUACCUUCCUCAGGGCCUGUGAAAAGUAUGGUCGGAAUGACGUAAAAAGUAUUGCUUCUGAAAUGGAUGGUAAAACGGACGAGGAAGUCGAAAGAUAUGCAAAAGUUUUUAAAGGAAGAUACAAAGAAUUAAAUGAUUAUGAUAGAAUCAUCAAGAACAUUGAAAGAGGGGAGGCUAGAAUAUCUAGGAAAGAUGAGAUCAUGAAAGCAAUUGGGAAGAAAUUGGAUCGCUACAAGAACCCAUGGCUGGAAUUGAAGAUCCAGUAUGGUCAGAACAAAGGGAAGUUGUACAAUGAAGAAUGUGAUCGUUUCAUGAUAUGCAUGGUUCACAAGCUCGGGUAUGGGAACUGGGAUGAGUUGAAGGCAGCAUUUCGCACAUCACCCUUGUUCCGUUUUGACUGGUUUGUGAAGUCUCGCACUACUCAAGAACUGGCAAGGAGAUGUGAUACCCUCAUUCGAUUGGUGGAGAGAGAAAAUCAAGAAUUAGAUGAAAGGGAGAGACAGGCCCGCAAAGAGAAGAAGCUUGCCAAGAACAUGACACCAUCAAAGCGUGCCUUGGCAAGGCAGGCAGCUGAGAGCCCCCCUUCAACUCUUAAGAAGCGGAAACAGUCAACAAUGGAUGACUAUGUCAGCCCGGGAAAGAGGAGGAAAUGAGGAAUACAACGGGUUGUGCUACCAAACCCUUUGCCUAUACUAUUUCGGGAUUUCUAUUCAGGCGUGGCAGAGACCGCCACUAUCCCAUGACAAGAAAUCACUAUAUAUUUAGAUUACAGAAGGUAGUUCUGAAAGCUGUUUAGAUUAAUAUAGGAAAAGUGUAUAAUUGACGACAUUGCGCCACCAACUAAGAGGGAGUGAGGUGGUGGACUGCACACACUUCAGUCAACGUCGGCAAUUGUAGCAUUGCUCAUUAAUAUAUUGGCUACUAAAGAAAAGAGAGACUACAUUCCAUUGAAAUUCUCAGGCCAUUGUUAAUGCCAUUUUGUUGGCUGGCAUUUGUUUGGAGAGAUUUUUUCCAAUGUUCCCUAGACAUGAGGAAUUUUGUUUGAUCAUGAGCAGCUAGAAAAAUACUCGUGUACUGGUGCAACCUCCUUGCACUAUAGUCUAUACUUCAAGACAGAAAAAUUCUCGAACUUUCAAUUUCGCAUUAAAUUAUCUUGAACAUUGCAUUUUGGCA